CUUGAACCGGCACAACAAGUUUCCAACAUGCUUGUCGAGGUCGAUGUGCAUAAGGGCGACCAUGGUUUUGGCAUAUACUUCACACGGGUGAAGUCCCAUGUGCUAGUUGAAGGGUUCGUGCGAGCCGACGACGGAACUCCUGGACCCGCCGAACACGCCGGCACGAUAGUCAUCGACGACGUCCUCGAACAGAUCAACGGGCUCGAUAUCACCGGCAUGGAAAUGGCGGACGUGAUCAAUCAACUACGAGCGGCGCCAAGGGGUGUCAAUGUGCUCACGUUUCGGCGGGUUGACGUGGCACCACCUCCGCCGUCCAACAACUUCAUGUCGAUCCCUAUGAACCAAGACGACGAGUGGCAAUCCCCGGAAUGGUGGGACGAGUUUGACAAGCUCAAAGACGCAGAACACGACACGUGGAAUGGUUCGAUCUUGUCCGAAGCGGCGUUUUGCGAUCAUUUGUACGCCGACAGCGACGCCCAGCACAGAUCGUACCUUCGACAGCAAUACCCAAUCAUUAUGGCCAAGUUCCAAGCCAGUUUUCACCCGUGGCCAACCCCUGUCCUAUCGUGUGAACCAACGACGUACUGCCCCCGACAUACAAAGAGCCACAAUGCACUCUCGACGAUCCAACCAUCGGCCUGCUUGAGAGGACUACUUGAAUGCAUUCGCAUCAAAUUUGGCUGGACACGCGGUGAAACCCAAGCGUUUCGGCUUGCGUUGCAAGCCCAGCAUCAGAUCGGGUCUGCCCUCGACUUGGUAUGUGCAAUGCGCCAACGUGAUGGCCGCGCGCUGGUACUACAUCAAGCGGCAGCCCCUAGGCAGCAAUCUACCCCCCAAACCAAGUUUCCCAGGCUGACCAACUCCAUGUGGGCAUUUGUGUCGGCGACUGCCAUGCACGGAUUAUCGGCCGACGAACUCGCGUUCGUGAAUAAUAUUAACGUUAACUAACCUAUAGCUUUCCCGAGUACUACUAUACUUCAGUAGAUGCGCCAAACUUUGUGUCCCAGUACAAUAAU